AUGCGUGCCUUAGCAUCCCCGCUACGGCACAUGGCGACUGCAGCCGGUCGACCCCUUCUUCGUGGUGUGGUCUUCGACUUGGACGGCACGCUGACCGUUCCCAACUUGGAUUUUCGUCAGAUGCAUGAGAGAUGCGGCGUGCCCAUGAAGGAGGACUUGCUGGCUGCGGUUCGGCAGAUGGGCCCAGAUCAGAAGCGGGUUGCCUGGGACGUCAUCGAGGAGAUGGAGGCGGAUGGCCGCCGAACGUUGGAGCUCGCCGAGGGGGCAUUGGAUUUCGGACGCUGGCUUCACAGGCAUGGAAUUCCAACUGGCCUGGUCACACGUAACUCGGCCUCUACCGUCCAAUGGUUGCACGAACGACAUUGGUGCUCUGCUGGCCUCCCCGCCUUCCAUCCGGCGCUUAGCCGAGACGACGUGGAGCAUGAUAAGCCCCAUCCAGCCGCGCUCCAGGCCAUCGCCAAGGAGUGGGAUCUGCCACUAGGCCCCGGGCUGCUGAUGGUCGGGGACUCGCCGUCGAAUGAUAUAGGCUUUGGCAAAGCCGCUGGAGUGUCCACUGCUUUAGUCGACCCUGGGCGCCGGUUUCGUGAAGGUGAAGCCAGUCAUGGUGCUGACUUUGUCAUCGACAGUCUUCUUCAACUGCCAAGUCUCCUUUGGAAGCAUUACGACAUCCCAGGCCCACUUGGUUCAACAUCUGCACAAACACUCGUCAAGAAGACUGAGCCGGUGCCGCAGACUGCUGCGUGCCGUGCGGCAGCUGAUGGCGAUGUUGUCGCCGUGCAAGCCAUGGCAAAGCAGGACCUUCUGACUGCUGACGCAAGUGGCAACACCCCGCUGGUGUGGGCCGCCGAUGCUGGCAAGGUGGAAGUGGUCGAGUCGCUACUGGCUGCAGGAGUGGAUGUCAACGUGAAAGGAUACCUGGGCAAUACUGCUGUUUCUCGAGCUUGCCGCCGCGGUCAUGACUCAGUGUUACGAGUCCUGCUCGGAGUGGCGUCGACCAUAGAUCUUGACGCGCCAAAUGAGAAGAUGCAGUCGCCACUGCAUUUCGCAGCGUUCAAGCAGAACACGGAGGCAGUGAAACUCAUGCUGGCCGCUGGAGCCAGCACCACCUCCUUGGACCGGAAGGGCCGAACACCCGCAGAGGACACGAGUGAUCCCAUGAUACGUGAGCUGAUUCUCCAAGCGCGGGCAGCGCUCUGA